GGGGGUAGGGGCCGAGCGGGCCGGGGCCGGGGCCGGGGCCGGUGGCGGCGGGGCUGGGGACGGGGACGGGCCCCGCCAUGGCCCACUUCGAAACGCAGUACCAGCGCCUGGAGAGCUCCUCCACCGAGUCACCUCCCGGCGGCGGUGACCUCCUCGUCCACGUCCCUGAAGGCGCCAAAUCUCCGUGGCAUCACAUCGAGAACCUGGACCUUUUCUUCUCUCGCGUCUAUAACCUGCAUCAGAAGAAUGGCUUCACCUGCAUGCUCAUUGGAGAGAUCUUUGAGCUCAUGCAGUUCAUCUUCGUGGUGGCAUUUACCACCUUUCUUAUCAGCUGCGUUGACUAUGACAUCCUCUUUGCCAACAAAGCGGUCAAUCACAGCCAGCAUCCCACUGAGCCCAUUAAGGUGACACUGCCAGAUGCCUUCCUGCCUCCACAUGUCUGCAGUGCAAGAAUCCAGGCAAACAGCUUUCUCAUCUGCAUCCUGGUGAUAGCUGGGGUUUUCUGGAUCCACCGACUCGUCAAAUUUAUCUACAACAUUUGCUGCUACUGGGAGAUUCACUCUUUCUACAUCAAUGCCCUCAAAAUUCCCAUGUCCACCCUGCCCUACUACACCUGGCAGGAGGUGCAGGCCCGCAUCGUGCAGAUCCAGAAGGAGCACCAGAUCUGCAUCCACAAGAAGGAGCUGACAGAGCUGGACAUCUACCACCGCAUCCUCCGCUUCAAGAACUACAUGGUGGCCAUGGUGAACAAGUCACUGCUGCCCAUCCGCUUCCGCCUGCCCCUGCUGGGGGACACCGUCUUCUACACGCGUGGGCUCAAGUACAACUUCGAGCUCAUCUUCUUCUGGGGGCCCGGCUCCCUCUUUGAGAAUGAGUGGAGCUUGAAGGCCGAAUACAAGCGGGCCGGGAAUCGCUUGGAGCUGGCUGAGAAGCUCAGCACUCGCAUCCUCUUGAUUGGCAUCGCUAACUUCCUCCUCUGCCCCCUCAUCCUCAUCUGGCAGAUCCUCUACGCCUUCUUCAGCUACACGGAGAUCCUGAAGCGAGAGCCGGGCAGCCUGGGUGCCCGCUGCUGGUCCCUCUACGGCCGCUGUUACCUCCGUCACUUCAACGAGCUGGACCAUGAACUGCACUCACGCCUCAGCAAGGGGUACAAGCCAGCUUCCAAGUACAUGAACUGCUUUAUCUCCCCGCUCCUCACCAUCGUGGCUAAGAACGUGGCCUUCUUUGCUGGCUCCAUCCUGGCUGUGCUCAUCGCUCUCACCAUCUAUGAUGAGGACGUGCUGGCGGUCGAGCACGUCCUGACCACAGUCACCCUGCUUGGGGUGGGCAUCACGGUGUGCAGGUCUUUCAUCCCUGACCAGCACCUGGUGUUUUGCCCAGAGCAGCUGCUGCGAGUCAUCCUGGCCCACAUACACUACAUGCCUGACCACUGGCAGGGCAAUGCCCACCGCUACGAGACCAGAGACGAGUUUGCCCAGCUCUUCCAGUACAAAGCGGUCUUCAUCUUGGAGGAGCUCCUGAGUCCCAUCAUUACCCCCCUGAUCCUCAUCAUCUGCCUGCGCCCCAAGUCCUUGGACAUCGUUGAUUUCUUCCGUAACUUCACCGUGGAGGUGGUGGGUGUAGGUGACACCUGCUCCUUUGCCCAGAUGGACGUGCGCCAGCAUGGCCACCCGGCGUGGAUGUCUGCAGGAAAGACGGAGGCCUCCAUUUACCAGCAGGCCGAGGACGGCAAGACGGAGCUGUCCCUCAUGCACUUUGCCAUCACCAACCCCAAGUGGCAGCCGCCCCGGGAGAGCACGGCCUUCAUCGGCUUCCUGAAGGAGCGGGUGCACCGGGACAGCAGCGUGGCCCUGGCUCAGCAGGCUGUGCUCCCCGAAAAUGCCCUCUUCAGCUCCAUCCAGUCCCUGCAGUCGGAGUCGGAGCCUCACAGCCUGAUUGCCAACGUGAUAGCGGGCUCCUCAGCGCUGGGCUUCCACAUGAGCCGGGAUGGACAGGCCUCCCGCCACCUCUCCGAAGUGGCCUCGGCCCUGCGUUCCUUCUCCCCGCUCCAGUCUGCCCAGCAGCCUCCCAGCAGCUUCCAGACAGCAGGAAGGGAUGGAGAGGGAAACCAGCCUCGGGGCGCCAGCGCCAUGACGGCCUCUGGUGCCGACGCGAGGACCGUGAGCUCGGGGAGCAGCGCCUGGGAGGGUCAGCUACAGAGCAUGAUCCUGUCGGAGUACGCCUCCACCGAGAUGAGUCUCCACGCGCUCUACAUGCAUGAGUUGCACAAGCAGCACGCCCAGCUGGAGCCCGAGCGGCACACUUGGCACCGGCGGGAGAGCGACGAGAGCGGAGAGAGCGCCCACGAGGAGCUGGACGCUCAGCGGGGCGCCUCCGUCCCCAUCCCUCGCUCUGCCAGCUACCCCUUCUCCUCGCCGCGGCAGCCGGCAGAGGAGACGGCCACGCUGCAGACGGGCUUCCAGCGGCGAUAUGGUGGCAUCACAGACCCGGGCACAGUACACAGGGCCCCAUCACACUUCUCCCGCCUCCCCCUGGGAGGCUGGGCUGAGGACGGGCAGUCAGCGAGACACCCAGAGCCCGUGCCAGAGGAGAGCUCAGAGGAUGAGCUUCCACCGCAGAUCCACAAGGUAUAGCCUUGUAGACUGGGGAUCUCGUGGGGGUUGCAGACUGGGAGCCGCCUGGGCAGCAGGAUGUGGCGUCAGCCUGAUUCUUCUCCUGUCCCGAGUGGACGGGAUAGUCCCGGGCUCCAUUUUGUUGCCAUCAAUUGCCGAAGAGACAAAACUGCCAGGCCAGUGGCAUUGCGGUGGCACCUUGUGUCCAGCCGUGUGUCAAGUCAACGCCACUCUGACUCUUGUGGGGUGAAUGCGUGUGUGAGUACAUACAUGUGUCUGUGUUC